UCAGAAUCUCAUAUUAUCGAUUUAUAGAAGAGAACCACACCCAAAGCCACUUUAUUCUCUGAUCUCAUGGGAACUCCAGAGACCUCACGUGAGCCCUGUCCGGAUCGAAUCCUGGAUGACAUCGGCGGUGCCUUCGGCAUGGGUGCCGUCGGUGGUUCAGCCUUCCACUUCUUAAAAGGUAUCUACAACUCCCCCAAGGGUGAGCGCUUGAUCGGUGGCUCUCAGGCAGUGCGCAUGAACGCUCCUCGUGUCGGUGGCAGCUUCGCCGUAUGGGGUGGUCUUUUCUCCGCCUUCGACUGCACCAUGGUCUACGUCCGCCAGAAGGAAGAUCCCUGGAACUCCAUCAUCGCCGGAGCCGCCACCGGUGGUUUCCUCCAGAUGCGUCAAGGGUUAGGUGCGGCGUCGAGGUCGGCUCUGUUUGGUGGGGUAUUACUCGCUUUGAUUGAAGGAGCUGGGAUCAUGCUCAACAAGGUUCUUAGUGCUCCUCAGAAUUUACCCCCGAUGGAAGACUCCUUUCCCAAUAUGGCCGGUGCCCCUGGAUUUCCGAUCGGUCAGUUGCCAAAUACGGUUCCGACGUCUCUUGAGACUCCGACCGAGUCGUCCUCUCCUUCAUGGUUCGGAGGGUUAUUCGGUGGCGGCAAGAAGCAGGAGUCGGGGACAACGAGUGGUGGUGCUGGUGGAGGCAAGACAGAGAUUCUGGAGAGCUUUGACACGCCGAGCACGCCUAUCCCUUCUUUUGAGUUCAAGUGAGAUGAAUGGAUGAAUUAUGUAGUGGAGGAACUAAUCAUUGUUGAGGCUGUGGAAUUUUGUUUAUGGGCCUGUUUGAAAUGGUAGAAGUACAGAAGAGGAUGAGGGUAACAAUAAGCAUAGAAAGUUUGUUUGCAGGAAAAUGGUACAAGUACAGAAAAUGGGAGUGUAACAAGAAGCAUAGAAAGUUUAUUUGCAGGAAAUUGUGUUCCAAAGGUUAAUUAAUUGGAGUGGUGCAACUUCUUUA